CAGAGGGUUUUGGCGAUCAGAUAAAAAAAAAAAAAAACAGAGAAGGCAAGGUAGCAUCCGAUUUAGAUACAUGCAUAUAUUUAUAUUCUCAGAGAUGAAAUGAUUAAACAAAAAGUUUGCGUCAUGCCAAUUACAAUUCGUUGAGAUCUCUUGAGUUGAAAUUAUCCCGCAAUUGCUCGAUCUUACACCACACGGAAUCCUGACGUAAUUCGCCGGAAUUUCAAUUUUUUAAGCGGCGGUUUCUUUUUAUUUUUGUACAGAAACCUUGAUAAAUCCUUCCCGAAGCCGUUUGUCACCAGAUCGUGAGGAUCUUUCCGAAACAUUGGAAUUGGAUUUCCAAUUUUUGAAGGUUGUAAUGCUGAUUGAAUGAUCCCUCGUGUUAUCCUGACAGGGUUUCAUUCUUGGAAUCUGUGAGCUCAAGCGGUUGGUUGAAUGGCAUUGACUACUUGAGAUUGUUUUAAGAUCCAUAAACAGUGAUAUGGACCUAAGGGAUCUGGUUCUUUGGGCUUGUUGAGUUCUUUAUUUGGUAUGAAUUUCUGAGAUAUGGUGUUGCAGAAAAGGUUUGAUUACGGAUUCAAUGGCUACCAUGUACCUCGAGCUUCCAGAUCAGCUAGGGGGAGGGGUUCAGUUAAGAAGAAGGUUGAGGACAAUUCAAUGUGUGCAUUUGAAUUACUUGCUACUGUAGCUGGAAAGCUACUACAGGAGAAGGAAACUUCACCUAUUCAUGCUAAAGCAUUGGCUGGGAAUGAUCGGACUACCAUUGUUAAACACAUUGUUAAAGAAGAACAUCAGGAUGAAGUGAAAAUAUUAAAAUCAGAACCUUUUGAUCAGGGAAGCUGCAAUGAGGGUGUCUUUGCUUCUGGGCUUAGGUCUCAGGAUCACAACCAAAUACAUGUUUCAAAGGAAUAUUCACAUGUUCAGAAUGUUGUUGGUUUGGGGCACUCUUCCAUAAUAAGAAAGUCUGACUGCUUAGAGAAGUUUGGUUGUGGUGAGGAUUUUUUAAAUGGAAAAAGAAGGAAUGAGUUUGGGAGGUUACGAAGUACAGAAGGGGAAGGUUCCCCUGCCAAUGAGGAACCUUUUGGAGGCAAGGUAGAAAAUGGAACAGAUGGAGUGCCUGAGGCACAAAAGAUCAGCAGUGGUGUAAAUGGAACUGUGCCUGAUGCAUGCAGUUCAGGGGAUCCAAUGAAAUUGGAUAGGAAACCUUGUGUGUUAGUCAGCUCAGACAGUAGUGUAGAAAUACCCUUACAUAGCAACUGUAUCUCUCAUGCUUCUUUCCCCAGAUGUCAGGAUGAUAUCAAAAUUGUAAAUAAAGAUGAUGAUGAAAACUCUUCUGGGUGCACUCAACCUAGCACCAUAAAUGUCAAGGCCUUUAGACCAGCAGGGCGUAUUGGAGAUCGGAGAAUAAGGAAGCUGUUGGCAUCCAAAUACUGGAAAGUAGCUCCAAAGUUGAAGGACGGUGAACUUUCAAACCAUGAUGGGGACAUGAACUCUUUUUCCUGCAAUAGGAAAACCUGCUAUACACGCCAAAGAUCUCAGAGGAACUCUCCUUUCAAGAAGAGAAAGCUGUUUGAUCGAAGCUCAGUAUCAACAUCAGAUGGAGUAAUUAGCAGUGAAGGUGUUUUCAAUACACCUGAAAAGGGAAUCAAUGGAGUCACAACUGGCUCAGCAAGUGGGGCUUCAUCUGUGGCAGGGCAACAAGUGUCAUUUCAACCCAGAGACUCUCAUGUGAGGCUUAGUAUCAAGUCCUUCCGGAUUCCAGAGCUAUUCAUUGAGAUCCCUGAAACUGAAACCAUUGGUUCAUUGAAGAGGACAGUAAUGGAGGCUGUGACUGCAGUACUUGGAGGCGGACUUCGUGUUGGUGUCCUUCUUCAGGGAAAGAAGGUUAGAGAUGACAAUAAAACUCUUCUUCAGACUGGAAUCUCACAUGAUAACAAGCUUGACUCUUUGGGCUUUACUCUGGAGCCUAACCCCACAAAUGCUCCACCUCUUAUAUGCCCUGAAGAUCCUCCUUUUCUUCUACCUUGUGAUGCACCCCAACCACUGAACAGGUAUCCAACCCCGGCUGCUUUAGACCCAGGGGCUUCUGAGGCCUCCCCUGAUCCUCCAAUGGCUAGUUUAGCGAACUGUGUUGAAAGUGAUCAUGAUUCUGUUCCUUCUCCUAUUGACAUGUCAACGGAUAAAACAACACCAGAUUCUAGAGCUUUAGUUGCUAUUCCAGCAAUGAGUGUUGAGGCUUUGGCUGUGGUCCCUUAUAACCGGAAAUCUAGGAGAUCUGAACUUGUUCAGCGCCGAAUCAGGAGGCCCUUCUCUGUUGCAGAAGUGGAAGCACUUGUUCAAGCAGUUGAGAAACUUGGGACUGGAAGGUGGCGUGAUGUUAAAUUACGUGCUUUUGAUAAUGCCAAGCAUCGGACUUAUGUUGACUUGAAGGAUAAAUGGAAAACAUUGGUGCACACGGCAAGAAUCUCUCCUCAGCAAAGAAGAGGAGAGCCCGUUCCCCAGGACCUCUUGGACCGCGUCCUCUCUGCACAUGCUUACUGGUCUCAACAGCAGGCCAAGCAACAGGUCAAGCAGCAGCCAGAGACGUGCCUUCUCGUCUAGGCAUUCAUUCACGGAAAAGAGAGGGCGAAAAAAGGAAUGGGACACAUUGACCUCUGACUCUUACUGUUAUUAGUAUUAUUCUGUAAAAAGUGAUGAUGAUGACGACGAUGAACAAGAAAAAAACAAACCAAAAAAAUAACAGGGAAGAAAUUCAUGUAAUAUUCUCACACUCACCACGAUUCUUGGCCAGAUUCUCCUUUCCCAGGAGGAGAGGUUUGGCAUUUGUAAAUGACGACGGAAUAAGAGCAUGCUAACGGAAUUCAUCGGACGCCCAGAACACUGGCGCUUUCCUGUUCGAUUAUUUCCAUUCAAUUUGAUCUGAUUCUUUGAAGAAAAUUUGUUAAGAAGAGAAUGAGGGAGAAGAAACUUUGUUAAAAGAGAAGGAAGAAAAUGAUCUUCAUUGAUAGAUGUAAACUUGUAACUCUCUGAUGACAUGUUUCAUCCUCUUUUUUCUUUUUUGUUUUUUUUUUGUUUUUUUUUUCUUUUCUAGGAGAAGAAAACGGGAGGGGCUGGUCUUUGCUCUUUUGUAGUUUUGUCAAUUGAUGAAUGAUAAUGAUGAUUGUAAUGGAAUUUCUCUUUUGAGUCAA